AUGGAAGCUUCAGUAUCACCAUCAGCUGGCACUGGGCUGCCUGGUCUUGGUCUAUCGAUGACACCCUUCUCUAUACCUGAAUCUUCAGUGUCGAUGAAGUCAACUGUAUCUGCAAAUGAAACAGGAAUUGAGGAAAAAAUUCAAGAAGAGGAAGAAGAAAUGAAAAGACUGGGAGAAAAGGGAGAAACGACAUAUAUGGAAGCUUCAGUAUCACCAUCAGCUGGCACUGGGCUGCCUGGUCUUGGUCUAUCGAUGACACCCUUCUCUAUACCUGAAUCUUCAGUGUCGAUGAAGUCAACUGUAUCUGCAAAUGAAACAGGCAUUGAAGGACGAAUUCAAGAAGAGGAAGAAGAACAGGAAUACAAAAAAUUCGGCGAAAAAGGAGAAACGACAUAUAUGGAAGCUUCAGUAUCACCAUCAGCUGGCACUGGGCUGCCUGGUCUUGGUCUAUCGAUGACACCUUUCUCUAUGCCUGAAUCUUCAGUGUCGAUGAAGUCAACUGUAUCUGCAAAUGAAACAGGAAUUGAGGAAAGAAUUCAAGAAGAGGAAGAAGAAAUGAAAAGACUGGGAGAAAAGGGAGAAACGACAUAUAUGGAAGCUUCAGUAUCACCGUCAGCUGGCACUGGGCUGCCUGGUCUUGGUCUAUCGAUGACACCUUUCUCUAUACCUGAAUCUUCAGUGUCGAUGAAGUCAAGUGUGUCUGCAAAUGAAACAGGCAUUGAAGGAAGAAUUCAAGAAGAGGAAGAAGAGGAGGAAUACAAAAAAUUGGGCGAAAAAGGAGAAACGACAUAUAUGGAAGCUUCAGUAUCACCAUCAGCUGGCACUGGGCUGCCUGGCCUUGGUCAAUCGAUGACACCCUUCUCUAUACCUGAAUCUUCAGUGUCGAUGAAGUCAACUGUAUCUGCAAAUGAAACAGGAAUUGAAGGAAGGAUUCAAGAAGAGGAAGAAGAGGAGGAAUACAAAAAAUUGGGCGAAAAAGGAGAAACGACAUAUAUGGAAGCUUCAGUAUCACCAUCAGCUGGCACUGGGCUGCCUGGUCUUGGUCUAUCGAUGACACCCUUCUCUAUGCCUGAAUCUUCAGUGUCGAUGAAGUCAACUGUAUCUGCAAAUGAAACAGGCAUUGAAGGAAGAAUUCAAGAAGAGGAAGAAGAACAGGAAUACAAAAAAUUGGGCGAAAAAGGAGAAACGACAUAUAUGGAAGCUUCAGUAUCACCAUCAACUGGCACUGGGGUGCCUGGUCUUGGUCUAUCGAUGACACCUUUCUCUGUACCUGAAUCUUCAGUGUCGAUGAAGUCAACUGUAUCUGCAAAUGAAACAGGAAUUGAGGAAAGAAUUCAAGAAGAGGAAGAAGAAAUGAAAAGACUGGGAGAAAAGGGAGAAACGACAUAUAUGGAAGCUUCAGUAUCACCAUCAGCUGGCACUGGGCUGCCUGGUCUUGGUCUAUCGAUGACACCCUUCUCUAUACCUGAAUCUUCAGUGUCGAUGAAGUCAACUGUAUCUGCAAAUGAAACAGGCAUUGAAGGAAGAAUUCAAGAAGAGGAAGAAGAACAGGAAUACAAAAAAUUGGGCGAAAAAGGAGAAACGACAUAUAUGGAAGCUUCAGUAUCACCAUCAGCUGGCACUGGGCUGCCUGGUCUUGGUCUAUCGAUGACACCCUUCUCUAUACCUGAAUCUUCAGUGUCGAUGAAGUCAACUGUAUCUGCAAAUGAAACAGGCAUUGAAGGAAGAAUUCAAGAAGAGGAAGAAGAGAGGAAUACAAAAGAAUUGGGUGAAAAAGGAGAAACGACAUAUAUGGAAGCUUCAGUAUCACCAUCAGCUGGCACUGGGCUGCCUGGUCUUGGUCUAUCGAUGACACCUUUCUCUAUGCCUGAAUCUUCAGUGUCGAUGAAGUCAACUGUAUCUGCAAAUGAAACAGGAAUUGAGGAAAGAAUUCAAGAAGAGGAAGAAGAAAUGAAACGACUGGGAGAAAAGGGAGAAACGACAUAUAUGGAAGCUUCAGUAUCACCAUCAGCUGGCACUGGGCUGCCUGGUCUUGGUCUAUCGAUGACACCCUUCUCUAUACCUGAAUCUUCAGUGUCGAUGAAGUCAACUGUAUCUGCAAAUGAAACAGGCAUUGAAGGAAGAAUUCAAGAAGAGAAGAAGAACAGGAAUACAAAAAAUUGGGCGAAAAGGAGAAACGACAUAUAUGGAAGCUUCAGUAUCACCAUCAGCUGGCACUGGGCUGCCUGGUCUUGGUCUAUCGAUGACACCCUUCUCUAUACCUGA